AUGUUACGCCAGAGCAUAGCUGGACUCUCCGCCGCGAGAUCACCAGCGCAGAGAUGUCUCUUCUCAACCUCCGCGGGCGCCGCGGGGCGUCAUCACCUACUGCAUAGAUCGAGAUCGAUACCGACAACGGCCACAGCGACAAGGACAGCGGCGAAUACGACGACAUCACGACUCCUCUCCCACACCAGAACGGCGCGCAUCCACACGAGCAGCGCCCGCCGCGCCCUCAUCCCCCCUUCGCCAGAAUCCCUCGGCGCACCAAAAAAGGCGCGCACAUACAAGCGCAGCUCCAAAUGGCUACGCCGCCUCGUCAUCUUCUCCGCCGUCGGCGGCACGCUUUACCUCGCCGACCGACAAAUCUACGCCUCGGGCUUCGCCCGCUCCCUCCGCACCUUCGGGACGGGCCUCCUCGUCGCCCUCGACUACAAGCUAAACUUCCGCCCCGAGCCGCUUACCGGCGGCACCGUGCAGGACCUGCACGUCCGCAACGCCGAGCGCCUGUUCGACCUGCUGCGGCACAACGGCGGGCUCUACCUCAAGAUCGGCCAGGCCAUCGCCAUGCAGAGCGCCGUGCUGCCGCCCGAGUUCCAAAAGAUGUUUGCGCGCAUGUUUGACGACGCGCCGCAGGACGACUGGAGCGACGUCGAGGCCGUGAUCCGCGAGGACUUUGGCGGGCGGAGCGUCGAGGACGUGUUUGGCGUCAGCUUCCGCGGGGAGGAGGGGAAGGGCGUCAUGGAGAGGCGGGCGAGGGCGAGCGCCAGCGUCGCGCAGGUGCACUGGGCGCGGCUGCCCGACGGCCGCGAGGUGGCCGUCAAGAUCCAGAAGCGGGAGAUUGCCAAGCAGAUCACGUGGGACCUGUGGGCGUUCAAGACGGUCGCGUGGAUCUACAGCAGGUGGUUCGACCUGCCGCUGUACAGCCUCGUGCCCUUCAUCACGGAGCGGCUGGAGCUCGAGACGGACUUUUUGAACGAGGCCAAGAACUCGGAGACGAUGAGGGACCUGAUCAACUCGGAGAAGGGCCUCCGCGGCAGGGUGUACGUUCCCAAGGUCUAUCCGGAGCUCUCGACGCGGCGCGUCAUGGUGACGGAGUGGAUCGAGGGUACGCGGCUGUGGGACAAGCAAGGGAUCAAUGGGCGAUGGAUGGGCGGGUACGGCAAGGGGUCGCCGGGCGUCCACGGCGCGCAGCUCCAGCCGCCCGACAUGGCCACCGUCCGCCGCGAGCUCCGCGACCGGCCGUACGCCGAGCAGUUCAAGCCGGAGCGGAGCGAGUGGAAGGGCCGUCGCGGGCGCGGCGGCCUGGGCUUGUCGAGCAAGGAGGUCAUGACGACCAUGAUCGACCUCUUCUCCGCGCAGAUUUUCAAAUGGGGCGUCGUCCACUGCGACCCGCACCCGGGCAACAUCUUCAUCCGGCGCCUGCCCAACGGGCGCGCGGAGCUGGUGCUCAUCGACCACGGCCUGUACGUCUACAUGUCGCCCGAGUUCCGGCACCAGUACGGCGUCUUCUGGAAAGCGCUCAUGACGUUCGACAACAAGACGAUUGAAAAGGUGACGACGGAGUGGGGCAUCAAGGCGGCGGACCUCUUCGCGAGCGCGACGCUGAUGAGGCCGUACGAGGGCGGCGACGAGCGGACGCGCAACGGCAUCAUGAAGGAGCUCGAGGGCAAGACGCCGGCGGAGCGGCACUACGAGAUGCAGCAGCGGAUGAAGCAGGGGAUCCGCGACAUGCUGGCCGACGAGGAGAAGUGGCCCAAGGAGCUGAUUUUCAUCGGGCGCAACAUGCGCAUCGUGCAGGGGAACAACCAGUACCUCGGCAGCCCCGUCAACCGCGUCAAGAUGAUGGGGGAGUGGGCGAGCCGCAGCCUGUUUGAGGAUCCGAACCUGCCGUGGGCCAAGAGGGCGGGCAACGCGUGGCGGCAUUUGCUGUUCAAGGGCGUGUUGGCGCUGACGGAUGUCGCGUUUUACUUUUUCAAGGUGAAGCAGCUGCUUGGGUUCGGGGGCGGCAUGGAGGACGAGAUGGAGAAGAGGAUGAAGGAUAUCGCGCAGGAUUUCGGGGUUGAGCUGCAGCAUGAGGUGUUUGAGGGUUAG